AUGGAUUCAGGACCAUUUAUUGACAUAAUUCCAACAAUAUUAAAAUAUUUAGACUUGAAAAGUCUUAUUCACUUAGCUAAAACAUGUUAUUUUUGGAAAGAACGUAUCUAUACAGAUGUAAAAUUAUGGCCAAAAGUGAUUGAAUUACCGUAUAUUGGUUGUAUGAAUAAUUAUGUCGGUGUACAUAAUAUUCUUGAACAUGUAAUUGAGGCAAAAUUAUGGUCAAUGAUUCGACCACCAGAUGAUCCAAAAGCUUUAGAGAAAGUUUUAGAGAAAAUGGCAUCAUCCGAACAGAGUAUACAACGAUUUAAAUUAACCAAAAAAGUUCUAUUCAAAAAUUUUAUUCAUACUAAUGAAUCAUUACGUCUUACAGCUUUAUUAUUUCCUUUAAUUGAAGAAAUUACUUUUGAAGGUAAUCUUUUAUCAAUUAUUGGCGUUCAAUACAUAGCUGAAUCAUGUAGAAAACUUAAACAUAUUGAAUUUUAUCAAUGUGGUAAUCUUGACAUAGGAAAUGCUUGUCGUUUAUUUAACAAUGAAGAACAUAAAAAAUAUUUAGAACGAAUUUUUAUUUAUAAUGGUUUUUGGUCAAAAUAUACAAUAAAUUUUCCAACUAAAGAUGAUUUACCAUUUAUGGAAUUAUGUCAACGCUGUGGUUUAUAUUAUAAUCAAUUAAAAAAUGAAAAAGAAAUGUUAUGUCUUUAUCAUCCAGGAACAUAUAGAGGUUAUGGUCAUAGUUGUUCAUCAUACAACUGUUGUGGUAGCAAUACACCUAGAUAUCCAUCAACAUUAGGUUGUCAAUACACUUAUCAUGAGAAAUGUUCUAAUACACUAUCAUCAAAUCAGAGACAUUAUUAUGAAUUGCAUGAUGGUCAUCCUGAAUAUAUGUUUCAAAAGUAUAAAGAUGUGAAAUUUCUAUUGCAAUUUACUGAACGACGUCGAUUAGAUAAAUGUUAUGAAAAAUGGAAGAAACAGGAACAACAACAAGAAGAAUAA